UGUAGGCCAGUAGUUAAAUAGUAAUACUGAAACCUUGAAGUGCGUAAUAGUGAUUACAAUCUUCUUCAUCUCGUAUCUUACGUCCACAGCCUCAAAAUGCAUUCCUUUCUCUUCCUAGCUAUCGCCAGCCUCGCUGCAGCUCACGUUCCUUCUGUCAGCGUUCCAUCAUGUCCUAGAUCAAACAGAAUCACAUUUUCAAAGUCCGUACCCGAUCAGAACCCCUUUCCCCGUACGCAAAUCGACCUCUGCUAUACCUCCACUGCACUCUCCCUGACUUUCACGGCCAUUGACGAAAAGAGCUUCUAUUUCAACUCUUCGCAGGGUACAAACGAUGAUAUUUGGGAGUACGAAGUCGUCGAGGCAUUCAUCUACAAGGGGACUAAGGAUCCGCAAACAUAUCUCGAGUAUGAAAUCAAUCCCAACAACGUGACAUACCAAGCCUUCGUCUACAACCCCACCAAAGACCGUGAAGAGGGAGCUCCAUUCGAUCACUUCUUCAUCGUGGAUCCAGAGGCUGAUGGUUUUGAGGCGGAGACGAAAUUGAAUAGACGUGCGGGAACGUGGGUUAGUAAAGUCAAGAUUCCACUGGGUUUAUUUAAUGUCGAUCCGGGAUGUGCGAAGGGGACAAAGUGGAGGAUGAAUUUCUUCAGGACUGUUACGAAUCCGAAGAUCUUUCCUGACCAGGAGCUUGGGGGCUGGAGUUCGCCCGACAAAGCGAGCUUUCAUAUCACCAAGUUCUUUGGGCAUGUUGAUUUUGUUUGACGUUGGAUGAAACUAUGGGCCAGCAACAAGAUUGAACAUGCAACGAAACUCAAUUCCUAUUUGACCUCGAA